CAUGCAGUAUGAAAUUGCUAUAAAUUGUACAGAAUGUAGGAAAGUAGUAGGAAAGAGAAAUAUGACAUCUAGGUGUGUACACACAUUAUGGGCAUUCCUGUAUAAGUGGGAGUUACCCUCAUCACAUGAUAUAUGGUAGGAACAACUAAAUGAGACGAUAAUACAAAACAAAAAAGACGGAAUGAGAUAUAUCAAAAAACGAGGAACAGCAAGACAAUCUUUUACUUCAGUGACUUUGAAAAGAUACAAAGGAGAAGACAGAAUCAUGUGGUUAUUCUCAUUUGGUGCUGGAACAACAACCAUUGGGAUUGCAUUGGUGAUCUGCAGUUAUGUUCUCCCCAUCAGGUCAUUCAUCAGGACUGAUAUAGACAUUGAAAAUAUCAUGUUCUUGGCUGGUAUCAUACUCAUUAUUGGCCUAGAUUCUUUUCGUAAGUCACUGGAAGGAACAGCUCUGUUUUUUGGAGGAUUAUUGCUAGCAUACUUCUGCAUGUAUCAAGUGCAUGCUUUGUAUAUUGGUGGUCUGGCCAUAGCAGUUAUUGGACUUUAUCUAAUAUUAAAGGUUAGCAAUCCAUGGAUAGUGAGUAUCAUUAAACAGUUAUUGAACAUUCCUUCAAUUAAACAUUAGAAGUUUCAGGCAUUAUUUUUCAUUUUAAUAAUUAUGAUAAGUUUUGAAACAUCUUUAUUUGAAAGAACUUUCAGAAUUUAAA